UGGAGCACCGGCGUCGUCUGUGUAGGCUAUCGGACAUUUUCUCUCUACGAUUAGGCUGCUGCCUAUCGUGCGCCUUGUAAUUUACCAUUCCCUUCCAGAUAAUGCCUUUAAAUUAGCCUAAACUGCUUGGUUUUCGAGGUUGUCUUUACAUCGUAUUGCUUCUUUGAGAAUAUAUAUUUCGACGGAACGUCCGAGGCGGUUCAGGCUGGUGCACACGCAGGUCCCAUUCAAACAGGUGGGAAGCAGGGAAACAAUCCCCGGUGCGCAAGGUUGCGGUGCGCGUGAUUGAUGAUCAGAUAGCCUACAUGGCUCAAUACCGAGUAGGCCUAAAUGUUUGAGAAUUGUCACGGAUUUCACUUGAGCCUGCAUCAGCUCUGACUAAAAAUAGUGUCGAAUGUCUAAAAGUAAGUCAAUAGACAACCACAGUUCAACGUAUUUUUCCAUCCAUGCUUCGCCUGUGUUCUUUGUUGUUUGGUGAGCAGCACUGUUUUUUUUCUCCAUAUCUCAGCCUCCAGUCAACAGACGGUUUACGCACAGGUGGGAGAUACCCGCUCUAUAGGACAGCCCCCCUCCCUCAGUUCCUCAGCGGAUGAUGUGAGCAAGUGACAUUUUGCUGUUGUGGUUCGGGACAGCAGGCAAAUAGUCUCUGCAAACAGGUGUGCGGCUGCCCGAAUCAGUUUCCUACGCCUUUAUUCCAGCUGACAUUGAAAGGGAGAAAGCCAUCGUAGUUGCGGAAACAUCCUCCUCGACGCGGGACGGGGAGAGGAGGGGGAAACCUGCAUAGUUGCUAUUUUAUUAUUUGAAGAGCCAAACGGGUUAUAAGAGCGAACGCUAUGGCAACAAAAAAAUCAUCAUGCACGGAUGUAACGAAAAGGAGCCGGAGUCCCGUCGUUUUAGAAGCGGAGAUGUUCAGUGAAUUUCAGGACUGGUGCCUCCGGACAUAUGGGGACUCGGGUAAAACAAAGACCGUCACCCGGCGAAAAUACAACAAAAUCAUGCAGACACUGUUGCAAAACGAAGAGUCGGACGGCAUGUAUGUCGACAAUAGCCACAUCAAUGCCAAAUUCAAAUUUUGGGUGAAGUCGAAAGGGUUUCAGGUCGGGAGCAACAUUCUGGGAGAGCACAAGAAAGGAGCAUCAGGGAAGCCCGUCCUAUAUGUCCCAGUCAAGUCAACGUGUGCAGAUGCAGGCUCGGCCCAGGACAGCUUGUCCCUGAAGAGGGUGGCAGUGGUGGAGGAUUUCUUCGACAUCAUCUAUGCCAUGCAUGUGGAGAUGGGUGCCGAACCUGGUAGAGCACCUAAACACGCUGGCCAGAAGAAGACCUACAAAGCGAUAGCGGAGACAUAUGCCUUCCUGCCCAGGGAGGCAGUGACACGCUUCCUAAUGAACUGUGGAGAGUGUCAGAAGAGGAUGCACAUCAAUCCCAGCACUGCAGAGUUCAAAGAAAAUGAUCGACCAACCUCCUUGGUCCCGGACCUCAUUGACUACAACAUGCCCCUGACUGCCACCUACCUGAAACAGAUGAAACUACAGUGCAUGACUGCCAAUGAGCGAGAUGACAGUUCGGUGAGCAGUGAGGACAUGGAUAUGGCUGAGCCCACGUGGGUCUCUGCUGAGCGUCCCCUUGUCCCUGAGCUCAGUCCCCCCAAUGGAGAGAGUGUACACAGCCCACAGACCGCACUCAAAGAAGAGGACGAUGACGACUCCUCUGAGAGUGGCAGUGGCCACGGUCUACCAGCCCUGACCCCUCCAGAGGCGAUGGUUGUGGGCGGUGUCCCUCCAGACGGAUUGGCUCCGUACAGGGAGGUGACUGAGAACGGGGUGAGUGCUCCCCUGGACUUCAGCACCACCACCUCCUCCUCUUCCUCCUCAGAGGACCAGCAACCAGUCAAUCUGACCGACAGACUGCUGCCUGUGGGGAGCCCUGUUGGGAUGCCCUACCCAACUGACUCCACCAGGAAGUGCCCCGGGAAACCAGACUACGGCAACAAGUCUCCUCAGUACAGCUCCGGAAGCUAUGACUCAGUGAAGACUGAACUGAGCAUGAGCGCUGAGGACUUGACCUCUGGGCGUGCUCAGAUCAUUGAUGAUGAUGAUGACGAUCACGACGACCAUGAUGACAGUGACAAGAUCACUGAUGCAGAGGGAAUGGACCCAGAGAGGCUGAAAGCCUUCAAUAUGUUUGUUCGUCUGUUUGUGGAUGAGAACCUGGACCGCAUGGUGCCUAUCUCCAAGCAGCCCAAGGAGAAAAUCCAGGCCAUCAUUGAGUCAUGCAGCCGACAGUUCCCUGAGUUCCAGGAGCGCUCACGCAAGCGCAUCCGCACCUACCUCAAGUCCUGCCGCCGUUUGAAGAAGGUUGGUUUUGAGACACGACCCACACCCCCCCACCUCACCUCUGCCAUGGCAGAGAACAUUCUUGCUGCUGCUUGUGAAAGUGAGACACGCAACGCUGCCAAGAGGAUGCGACUAGAUGUCUAUCAAGACCCUGAGGAACCUGCUACUGUUGAUAAGAACGGCUCCAGGGACCCAGUCUCAGGGGUCCCCUCAGGCUUCUCCCUGGCUGCCUCAGCCUACUCCCAGUCCCAGAUCCAGGACCCAGUCUACACCAACGGCACCAACGGAGGCCUCAACUACAGCUUCCACAGUUACGGGGCAAUCAGCAACAACCUGCCGACCACCGGUGCCACCACACAGACCAAUGGUCCCACUGAUCUCAGUAUGAAGUCUGUGGCUCCCACCUCCUCCUCUUCCUCCAGUUCUAACAGUCACGGUGGCCAGGGUGGAGGCGGGGGAGGAGCCUCGGCUCAGCUCAGCCCCCCUGAGGUCACAGCGGUGCGGCAGCUCAUCGCCGGGUAUCGAGAGUCUGCCGCCUUCCUGCUCCGCUCUGCAGAUGAGCUGGAAAACCUAAUCCUGCAGCAGAACUGAAACAGAACCAGACCGGGCCGAACCGUGCCGUGCCAAAACCCGUCUCCCCAGGCUGUCCUUCUGUACUACCCCCCUCAGUCACACACAGUCACACAUAUAGACACUCAACUGAAUAAAGAGUCAAAGUAAAGAAUAAGAGUGAAAUUGUAUUGCACAAUUGGGCCAGAUACAGUAGAUGGUAGAUAUCUGGAACACAUUCACAGUUAAUAUAUCACAGGAGCAGAAACAAUUAACAGAAAAAUACAAUCCAUAAUUUCACACUGAUCUUAUUGCCCAGUUAGCUUUUGCCAUUCCCAUAACAAACCUACACCCUACCCACUUCAUCCAUUCCCCCAGAAACACCCUGAAGUCAACUACUUCAAUGGAUGUUAUUUUCUCAACUCUGAGGAGGUAUUUGUCAAACAUGAAUUGCUGCUUCAGAUUAGACCUUCUGUAACUGAUCUGUUCAUCUCAACAGUAGUUUUUAAAGUUUGAAGAUUUAGGUAUGCAAACAGGGAUGUUAAAUCUGUAGGGUAAAGUACUGUAAUGUUUCCAAACCUAUAGGCUUUGAAUCAUAGUCAAAAGGUUACUGCUUCUGGGAAAAGUGUGGAACAAGGUGCAAUAUGGAAGAUAAUCAGUAAAUGUGCAUGUAUGGAUAUGCCAUUUGGCAAGUCAAGCCAAUGUCCACAUAGUCAUGAUGGCUCAAGGCUUUUUGUGAGACUUUGUGCAAAAGGAGGUCUUCUUAUUGUACCUCUACCUCCUCCUCAUGCUUUCAGUCUCAGUGUGAUGAGCUAACCUGAAAAACAAACAUCCCAUACUUUGUGAUGCUCCACUGGGAGCAGAAACGUUAGUUGUCAAUCAGGAAUGCUGUGUAAAUGGAAGGGGAAGAAAGAAAUAAUAUCCCAUGGCAGAACUGUAGCUUCAUUGUUGUUUGUUUUGAACGUUGCUCUUCUUUAUCUUUAACAUCAUAACUGAAGCCUUUCAUUGAAUGGCACCAAUCAGACAAAUGUGAAUAGGACAGAGGACCUGACAGAAUGAUAUGAAACUUAAGAAUAUAUCAUAGUCCAAUUGCAAGAGUUUUGUAAGAGUUUGUGUUGGUGUAAGUCAGUCAGAUAUGAACAGCACAUGGUUGCACAUGAACUUUGUCUCAUGAACGUCACAUGGUCGUCUCAUGGAAUUAUAUGAGGAAUGCAUUGCGCUCCUUGUAACGGCUGUUGGCAUGCUAUAGAAAAAGAUUUCCCUCCAAAUCCCACCAUAUCCUCUCCACCUCAACUCCUCUUUCUUACCCGUCUUUGCAUUUCUCAUCAACAGAAAUUGCGAUAUCAAACACAAAAAAAGAAGCAAAAGACAAUCUUGAAAAUGUGUGAUCGCGUCACAGUUUACUCUCACAAUUUCUUGCUAUGGUGUGUGUGCUGUAUGUGAGGGGCAGCACAGAGUACCGUAGCCAUAAGCAGAGCACAUCCUUUCUCUGAACAGAUACACAGACAGGCCAGUCAGUGGAGCACUCAGCACUAAGAAAUGUGUUGCAAGAAUUCUAUUUAUCUACUUUUGUUAUUGUUGUUGACCGUUGGCAUUAUUGUAUGUUGUUUUUGAUUUCUAUUUGUUGUGUGAAGUGAUGUGGAGUGGCCCUUUUGUACAAGACAUUGUAGACAAGUUUGCUCUGUAACCUUAACAUUCGAAACAAAGAAAAACUAUUAUUUUACGCAGUCAACCUGGUCAGCACCUUAUAGAUUUGUCAGAUAAUUCAUAUCAGAGAGGAAUAUAUUUCAGUGUCAUUUAUCAUAAACGAUUGAUGUCAGCAGCACAUAUAUUUACUGAACUACUGGGAUGCUCAUUCCAAGAACCGGUCAGUCUAUGUUUAAAAUGACAUGCACAAAAUAAUCUGUAAUUUAUUAAUGGUCACCAUCCAUGACAUAAUUGGACUGCUUUAUUAUAUUUCAAAUGUAUAAUCUAUUGCAAGUUUGGAAGCACUUUACAGCUCAGGAUAAAAUAACAUGGGACAUAUUUGUAACCGGACGUUGUUACAGAACAUCAUACUUGAUUCACAAAUUCAAUUUACACAUUUAAGCUAAACGUGCUUGACAAUGGGAUGGUGAUGGUGGUGUAUGUGAUGAGAGCUGAAAUGAGUGUGUGUUUUGCGUUUCACUUGUCUGUAUCGAUUUAAAUGUAGAUAUUUUUGUCCACUCAACUGAUAAUCGUAUGCGGGGCACAACUUUCACUGGAGAUGGGGGUGACAUGUCCCUCCUACAUUCUAAAAUUGAAUUUUUGUCCCCCGCAGUUUUAUCAUUGGAAUGUGAUACAAAACAAUGCAACGGUGGGCUUUAGGACCAUGCGGACGCCUCCGAGCGGUCGGGUAGGCUGUUUGGAGUGUUUAUCCGAAUGAAUAAAACAUGCACAAUACUGGGUUAUAAAGUUUAUGGCAAGGCUCAAGCAAGACUCAGCCAAUCUCAUUGUCUUGAAAACUUAAUUACUUAAAUCUGAAUUUUUACUAGCAACACAAGUACAGUGCUGCAUUAAAAUCUCAUUCUAUUUUGCACACAUCAGACUUCCGGAUUUGUAUUUUAGCUAAACUAGUCAGGCUUUACAAAUGGUUAUUUUGAAAAAUCAUGGGGGCUCAGGCGUCUACGCAUUUGAACGCAGUUAAAACGUUAAUUUGGAUAGACUACUUUGGAUAGACUUUAUCAAUCAACUUGAUAGCUACCUGGGGCUCUGUCCCGGUAUUCUUAGAUGUCUUCUGUGUCUCCUCCCCUUGACCCUUGUCUACUUUUGGCCAGCCAUCAGGAAACUACUAUCUACACUUCAUUAUGUUACUGAUGCCAGGUUGAUCUUAAUUCUAUUCAUUCACAAUUAAAUAAUGCAUCACUUUGCUUUGUGUGUUCAAAAAAAUGAAGAGAUAACGUUCUCUUCUUAAUUUGUCUUAAGACUACGAGCUACAUUUUAUGUGUGCUGCAGCUACUGUGACCAAUGAGAGAACCAUUUGUAGACACAUUUUAGUGGCCAGUGGGAUUUCUCUUUGCAUAGGCAGGACAAUGUAAUGUAUAGAUGUUUGAUUAAAAACGUAGCGUAAAAGCCCAAGUAGCUUGUGCAUUGCUGAUGUGGUCAGAUGUUUGUAUAACUGUUCAAAGGGUUGUAAAAGAAACAUUUAAAAUCUAAAUACUUUUUCUGUGGGGUACAGCACUGUUCCAGAAAAAUCUACGCGGCUUCAACCCUUGCCUGUUUUAACUUAUCAGUUGGUGGUGCUCUGUAAAACGUAUAUUGUUCUUGAUAUUACUUUAUUUGUUACUUCUCCUGCGUUGGCCAGAGACUGCAGUUCGGUGCGGGGGUGUAAUUUACUGUAUACCAAUGUGACGCUUUGUAUUUUUUCCUUCUGGUUUUUUGGACUCAGUGAAAGUGUGAUGUUUACAUGUACAGAUUUUUCAAAAUACUUUUACUUUUCGUCCAUGUUAUUUUCUCACCCUACCCCACCUGCUACAGUUUAUAUUUACUCAGACAUUUCUUUAGUGCAUUGCAUCAAAUGCAGACAGAUGCUUACUGCUUUGAAAGGUUGUCAGGUCAGAUGACAUUCACAUGGCCAAAGUGAGGAUAGACUAAGACAACCAGGUUGGAGUGGUCUCUGGUAAUGGCUGAUAGCCCUAUAGGGAUUCUGGAGUGAGAGGGAGUGUCACGCCAGUUCAAAGUGCACCAUGAAUAGCCUUUGUCUGAGAUUUAUCAGUAGCAUAAUGAUACACGGAUCCCCACUAAAGGAUUGCAGAAAACCCACACGUUUUCCCCCUUCUGAAUAGCCCUCUUUAACAUGCUGAUAGCAGCUCAUGGCGGCUGGUGCCGAAUGGAUUCAUUAGCAUUUAACUCAAUUACUGAGAAACAUUUACAUUUGAUAUUUUAGUUAUUUAGCAAACGCGCUUAUCCAGAGGGACUUCCAGUUACUGAGUGC